CGGAUGUUUUAAUUUGAAAGUCAGCCGGUCUGUUCGGAGGUGUCUGUGUGGAGGAGGAGGAGUUUGAGGGGGGCUAAGGAGGUCCGAAGAGGUCCGGGGGGUCUUCAGACAGUGAGGAUCUGCAGCAUGUUUCACCUUCAGCUCGCGCUGCUGCUCGGUCUGCAGGUAUUUACCUGUGCUCAGGAGAGUGGGGCCACGGAUGACAUCGGCCAACCCGAGCUCAGUGAUGUGUGCACUGAAGGCAGCUGUUACCCAGCAACAGGAGACCUUCUGAUUGGCAGAGCCCAUCAGUUGUCGUCCACCUCCACCUGUGGAAUGAACCGACCCGAACCAUUCUGUAUCGUCAGCCACCUGCAGGAGGAGAAGAAGUGCUUUGUGUGCGACUCAUCGGAGCCCUACGACGAGCUGGCCAAUCGCACAGACAGCCAUCGCAUCGAGAACGUUGUCACUACGUUUGCCCCGAACAGACUGAAGACCUGGUGGCAGACUGAGAAUGGUAUGGAGAACGUCACCAUCCAGCUCAACCUAGAGGCUGAGUUUCACUUCACGCAUCUCAUCAUGACCUUCAAGACGUUUCGACCUGCUGCCAUGGUGAUUGAGCGGUCAGCUGACUUCGGGAAGACGUGGCAGGUUUACCGUUACUUCGCUUAUGACUGCGAGUCGUCCUUCCCGUCCGUUUACCAGGGUCCAAUGAGGAAGGUUGACGAUGUCAUCUGUGACUCGCGUUACUCUGACAUUGAGCCAUCCACUGAAGGAGAGGUGAUUUUCAGAGUUUUGGAUCCAGCGUUCAGGAUCGAUGACCCGUACAGUCCCCGAAUCCAGAACAUGCUGAAGAUCACCAACUUGAGGGUAAAGUUCACCAAACUGCACACGCUUGGAGACAACCUUCUGGACUCUCGCAUGGAGAUCAAAGAGAAGUACUACUACGCCAUCUACGACAUGGUGGUCCGAGGAAACUGCUUCUGCUACGGACACGCCUCUGAGUGCGCCCCCAUCGAGGGAGCUGGGCAGAUAACAGAGGGCAUGGUUCAUGGUCACUGCUUAUGUAACCACAACACUAAAGGUCUAAACUGUGAACAGUGCCAGGACUUCUACCACGACCUCCCCUGGAGACCUGCAGAGGGACGCAACACCAACGCCUGCAAGAAGUGUAACUGUAACCAGCACUCGGACUCGUGUCACUUUGACGCGGCAGUCUUCGCGGCUUCGGGAAACAUGAGCGGAGGAGUUUGUGACGACUGUGAGCACAACACGGCUGGAAACAACUGUGAGCAGUGCAAACCGUUUUACUACCAGCAUCCAGAGAGGGACAUCAGAGACGCCAACAUCUGCCAGCCCUGUGACUGCGACCCCGUGGGCUGUCUGAACGGAGGACUCUGCGACGGCACAACGGACGUCCGAGCCGGGCUGAUCGCCGGUCAGUGCCGCUGUAAAGCAAACGUGGAGGGAGAACGCUGCGAGCGCUGCAAGCCGGCGCAUUUCGGGCUGAGCGACGAGCCCGAAGGCUGCAAAGCGUGUACCUGCAGUCCGCUGGGAACUCUUCCUGGAGGAAACCCCUGUGACAGAGAAACAGGAAGUUGUUUCUGUAAACGUCUGGUGACCGGGCGAGACUGUGACCAGUGUGUGCCUGAACACUGGGGUCUCAGUAAUGACAUGGAUGGCUGCAGACCAUGUGAUUGCGACCUCGGAGGCGCCAUCAACAAUCAGUGUGAUCACAUGACUGGUCAGUGCGUCUGCAGAGAUCACAUGUUCGGCCGCCGCUGCGAUCAGGUGGAGUCUGGAUUCUACUUCAUCGCUCUGGAUCACUACACCUACGAGGCUGAGGAUGCAAAGUUUGGACCUGGAGUGACGGUGGUCCAGAGACCACACCCUCAGGACCGUAGUCCCACCUGGACAGGCAUCGGGCUAGCCAAUGUACCAGAGGGGGCCUUCUUGGAGUUCACUGUAGACAACGUCCCUCACUCAAUGGAAUAUGACAUCCUGAUCCGCUACGAGCCGCAACUGCCGGAUGUGUGGGAGGAGGUUCUGAUGGCGGUGAUGAGACCCAGACCGAUCCAGCCGGACAGUCGCUGCAUCAACACGGUGCCCGACGACGACAACCAGAUGAUCUCGCUUCACCCGAGUUCACGGUACGUGGUUCUUCCCAGACCAGUUUGUUUUGAAUCGGGUCUGAACUACACAAUCCGCCUCAGCCUGCCACUGUACGCUACCUUUGGGGAUGUCCAGGUUCCGUAUACGCUGAUCGACUCGAUCGUCCUGAUGCCUCACUGUAAGAACCUGGAGAUAUUCACAGGCUCAGAGGGCGGGGACUCGGGCGGGAAUGUCGCCUGGGAGACUUUCCAGCGUUAUCGGUGCCUGGAGAACAGCCAGAGCGUCAUCAAGACUCCGAUGACUGACAUCUGCAAAAACUUCAUCUUCAGCAUCUCCGCCAUGUUGCACCAGGGAGCUAAAGAAUGCCAUUGUGACCCUCAGGGCUCGCUCAGCACCGUGUGCGACCCCCAUGGUGGGCAGUGUGAGUGCCGCCCCAAUGUGGUUGGCAGGAACUGUGACAGGUGUUCUCCGUCCACAUUCCAGUUUGGACCCAACGGCUGCCGAGUGUGUGGGUGCGACCCUCAGGGUUCUCUCAGUGUGUUCUGCGAUCAGUUGACCGGACAGUGUUCCUGUGUUUCGGGCGCGUACAGUCGGCAGUGCGACCGCUGUCUGCCGGGUCACUGGGGUUUCCCCACCUGCCGCCCCUGCUCCUGUAACGGUCACGCCGAUGUCUGCGACCCCGACAGCGGCCGCUGCAUCGACUGCCGGGACCACACGAUGGGACGUGCCUGUGACAGGUGUCUGGAUGGUUACUAUGGUGACCCAACACUGGGGUCAGGUGACCACUGUCGUCCCUGCAUGUGUCCUGACGGCCCCGGCAGCCCGCGGCAGUUUGCAGGAAGUUGUUACCGCAGCGAUGACUCCCAGCAGGUCACCUGCGUCUGCAACACAGGAUACAAAGGUACUCGCUGUGAUGAGUGCUCGCCUGGUUACUAUGGAAACCCUGAGGAGGUGGGUGGACAGUGUCAGCCGUGUCAGUGCAACAACAACAUUGAUAUGCUGGACCCCGAAUCGUGCGAUGCCCGGAACGGCAAGUGUCUGCGCUGCCUGUACCACAGCGAGGGUGCCGCCUGCCAGAGCUGCAUGCUGGGUUACUAUGGCAACGCCCUACUCCAGGACUGCAGGAAGUGCGUUUGUAACCGGCUCGGCAGCGUUCCCUCCAGCUGCCCGUCCUCCGAGUGUCACUGUGACCGCAGCAGCGGUCAGUGUCACUGUCUAUCCAAUGUGGUUGGGCAGCAUUGCGACCGCUGCGCGCCUGACACCUGGAAUAUGGCGACUGGCAUCGGUUGUCAGACCUGUGACUGUGACCCCAAACACUCGUACGGGACGUCCUGCAACGAGAUCAGCGGUCAGUGUUCCUGCCACACCGGCUUCGGAGGAAGAACGUGCAGCGAGUGUAGAGAAAUGUUCUGGGGAGACCCAGAGAUCAAAUGUCACGCUUGUGACUGUGACCCUCGCGGGAUCUCCGAGCAGCAGUGCAACAAAGUCAGCGGUCACUGCGUGUGCGUGGAGGGUGUGUCCGGGCCGCGCUGCGACACUUGCGCUCGCGGAUUCUCGGGAACUUUCCCCAACUGCAGCCGCUGUCACAAGUGCUUCGCCGAGUGGGACAACAUUGUUGGCCAGCUGACCAAUCAGACACACCGCUUGGUCAACAAGGUAAACGCCCUCAAAGCUAGCGGUGCCAACGGGCCGUACAGGAAAUCCAUUGAGAGCAUGGAGAGGAGCGUUGCCGACAUCCAGGCCAUCCUAGAUGGGAAUCCGGCAUCACAACCGCUAACAGAGAUCCAGGAGCUGCUGCAGGAGGCCAGUGACCUGAUGGGAGCCCUGAGCCACACAUUGAACCUUACUGAACAGACUGUGGUCCAGGUGGAGGACUUGGACUCUGCUGCAGGAACUAAACUGGACACUGUGAUGUCAGAGGCACAGAAACUGGAGGGGACAGUCCAGGAGCUCCUGGACCAGGUCGAGUUCAUCAAGAACUCCGACAUCAGAGGGGCAACAGACAGCAUCACUAAGUACUUCCUGCAGUCCCAGGAGGCCGAGGUCCAAGCCAACACCUCCACCAUCGACAGCGGCAGCCCGGUUGAAGCCUCUGCUGCUCUACGGCAGCUUACAGAAGACAAACUGAACCAGACCCGAGAGGAGUUCUUGAAGAGACAGUCUGAGCAUGCUCAAAAACUGGAUGACCUGGCGGGAGAGCUGCAGAGUCUGGACCUAGCAGAACUCAGCAGCAAGACCUGUGGCAGUCCAUCUUUGGGUCAAGACGCAUGCGGGUCUUCUUCCUGCGGUGGUCUGGGCUGCGUGAAUCCUGAGGGCAGGGCCAGGUGUGGAGGAGAAGGCUGUAGUGGUGCGGUAGCAACAGCCAACAGUGUCCUGAGGAAGGCUCGGGACUCUGAACAGGAAAUUGUCCAUGCCAUGGAGGAAGUGGAGAAGCUGUCUAAGAUGGUGUCAGAAGCAAAGCUACAGGCGGACAAGGCCAGGCUGAGUGCUCAGAACGUCCUGAUGAAGACCAACAGGACCAAACAGAAAGUUGACCAGAGCAACGAGGAGCUGCGCAGCCUCAUCAGACACAUCAGAGACUUCCUCACACAGGAUGCUGCAGAUCUUGAGAGCAUCGAACUUGUGGCAAACGAGGUUCUGGCCAUGCAGAUGCCAACCACGCCGGCUCAGCUGCAGAACCUGACCGACGAGAUCCGACAGAAAGUGGGAGAACUGGGACAUGUGGAAAACAUCCUGCAGGAAAGUGCCGAUGACAUCCAGAGGGCCGAGAAGCUGCUGGACGAGGCUCGCCAAGCUAGCGAGGAGGCACGUGAUGUCAGAGACUCUGUGGAGAAAGUGAAGCAAGCACUGGAAGAAGCUCAGAGAGCUAAGACGGCCGCCAGCAGUGCCAUCCAGCAGGCCACCGCCAACAUCCACAACACCAGCUACCUGUUGUCCUCUGUGGAGUCGGAGACGGCAGAUGCUGAGCUAAAGCUUUCAAAUGCCACCCAGAGGCUGCAGAAGCUCGAACAGGAUGUGAUGCUGCUGAAGGACAAAGCUGCGAACGUUACUCUUAGUGCCAAACUGACCAAUCAGGAAUCAGUGAGCAUCAGAAGCAUGGCAGAGGAGCUGAAGAAGGAGCUGGACGGGGAGCUGAAGGAGAAGUACGCCAUCCUGGAGCAGCUUAUUGGUCAGAAGACGGGAGGCAUGGUUGAUGCCAAGAAGAGGGCACAGUCACUUCAGCAGGAAGCCAAAGAGCUGCUGCUGCAGGCCAGUGACAAGCUGCAGCUGCUGAAAGAUUUGGAGAAGUCAUAUGAAGACAAUGAGCGUGCUCUGGAGCAGAAGGUGGAGCAGCUGGUGGAGCUGGAGGCAGCAGUGAAGGGGCUGCUGCAGGAGAUCAGCCACAAGGUGACCGUCUACAGCACCUGCGUGUUCUAGGAUCAAAGGUGACUGAACGUCUCACCAGCAGCCAAUCGGAGACAAGAACUGCUCCACUUGUAUUUUCCUCUAUAGUUUUUACUUCCAUGUUUAAUCCUCGUGUUAAUCUCAAUAAAAAGAUCAAAUCAGA